AUGAAGACCUUCUACGCUGCUCUUACCUUCUUCUUCCUAUUCGGUGCCGUUUUGGCCAGUCCUUUGGACCUCGCCGCCGAUUCUCCAGAAAGGACGCUAGCCUGCUGCCCUACGACCAAGUCCAAGAAUCCUGCAAUAUCGCCGGAUGUGCCUGUAAGGGUGGGUGUCGUUAAGCCUAAGCGCUGCUGA